AAAACACGAGUACGUCACGAACUAAUAUUUAGCCUGCUACAUUUAUUCGGAAUCUUACUUUAGUUACCCUUAUUUACUUUAUUCUUCUUUUUUUUUUUUUCGAAGCUCUUGCCACGUUAUGUGUUACCGAUCCUUUGAGGACAAAGUAAUGAAGCAGAAGAUCGGCUCGCGCUUUUAGCACCGGCCCGCGCGCCUUGAGCUCGCGUGCCUUCGCGAGCUGUCGUUCUGCAGUUCGGUUGCUUCACCGGCUCUGCUCCAUGCGCACGGCUUCGGUUGCACCUCGUAUCGUCGGCUGGUUGGUUCGCCUUCGGCGCUUCAUUCCUUACUUUGACCCCUCGAGCUGCCAUGGCAACGCGGAGUAGUCCUCGGCUGAGCUACUACUACCGGCUGCUCAACCGCACGGUGCUGGUCUUCCAAGACCCCGCGACUGGCCUGAUACCGUCGCAGAAAUACGAGCACCACGCCUGGGUGCGUGACAACGUGUACGCUGUUCUCUCAAUCUGGGCUCUCUCACUCGCCUACCGCAAGAACACCGAACUCGACGAGGACCGGGCGCGUACCUACGAACUGGAACAGUGCUGCGUCAAGCUGAUGCGAAGUCUGCUCUCGGCCAUGAUGGAGCAGAAAGAGAAACUCGAACGGUUCAAGGAGACUCACAGCCCCACCGACUGUCUGCACGCGAAGUACAACUCAACCAGCAGGGAAACGUGCGCGGGUGACGAGGAGUGGGGCCAUCUGCAGCUGGACGCGACGUCCCUCUAUCUCCUCACCCUGGCACAGAUGACCGCCGCCGGCUUGCAGAUCGUGUUCAGCCUCGACGAAGUCGCCUUCGUGCAGAACCUCGUGUUUUACCUCGAGGGCGCCUACUGCAUACCCGACUAUGGAAUGUGGGAGCGCGGCGACAAGACCAACCGCGGCAUACGCGAGCUCAACUCGAGUUCCGUCGGCAUCGCUAAGGCCGCCCUGGAGGCCAUGAGCGAGCUCAACUUGUUCGGGAGCUAUGGCGGCCCGUCGUCCGUGAUCCACGUCCUCUCGGACGAGGCCCAAGAGUGCGACGCCGUGCUGACCUCCAUGCUUCCGCGAGAGUCCAGCUCUAAGGAAGUGGACGCAGCCCUCGUCACGGUCAUCGGUUUCCCUGCUUUCGCCGUGACCAACCAGGAACUGAUCGAUCUCACCCGUCGCACUAUUGUCGACAAGCUGCAAGGCCAGUACGGCUGCAAACGGUUUUUGCGCGACGGUUACAAGACCGCCCGGGAAGACAAAGGCAGGCUAUACUACGAGGGCUGGGAACUGCAGGGAUUCCAGAACAUCGAGUGCGAGUGGCCGCUGUUUUUCUGCUACUUGGUCAUUGACGCCUGCUUCCGCGGAGACCGCAUUACCAUGGACGAGUACUCCGACAUGUUGGAGAGAGUGACCAUAAAGACCGAGGACGGGAUACGACUCGUGCCAGAGAUGUACGCCGUGCAAGCCGACAAGGUCAACAAGGAGUGCGAGAUGCCGCACACCCAACCACGCAUGCCCAUCGGCCAAAUUCCGUUCGUGUGGGCGCAGUCAUUGUACAUCGUGGGUCGCCUCAUGCACGACGAACUUAUCACGCCAGGAGAGAUGGAUCCGCUGAACCGCCGGCUGUGCAUGCUCAAGCGGCCAGACGUGGUUGUGCAGGUGGUUCUGCUGGCCGAAAACUCAACUCUGCGCGAUACGUUUGCCGACUUAUGCCCCAGCAUACAAAAAUUGAGUGAAGUGCAACCAAUCGAAGUACAACCAGGGGGGGUGCUAGGGCAGCUGUAUUCUCAUCUCGGCCAAAACCGAAAAAUGGGUCUCUCUGGCCGCAGCGGCACGGACGUUGGCCUUCUAGCCACCAGCAAGAUCUACAGCCUCCAGGACCACCUGUUUGUCUUCACGCCGCAGAACCUGGACAGUGAGGUGUUCCACCUCGUCAACGAUGUUGACCUGUUCGUCAGCACACUGCGCUCGGACCUAGUUGUGCUGCGUUCCCAGUGGCACAUCCAGGGGCGGCCCACCAUGGUUGUCAUACUGAGACAGCGACACUUGGUGCACAACAAGGCACCGCCCUCGCUGCGUCAGACGAUCAAGAAACUGGCGUCCGGCUACAUCAACGGGACGCGCGUUUGCCUGGGCAGCCUGGCCGACUUCAUGAGCACCUCGUGCAUCGCCAGCCUGGAUUUUCUCUGCAACUACGAAGACGGCGAUGCCGAAAACUUGCCCAUCUCCGUCCAGGAUUACCUGGACAAGACGAUCAGCAACGCCGACCUUCUCCGCAAGGGGGCAGUGCGGAGCCACGUUCUCUCGGGAACGUCGAGCGUCGGGGCGCGCCGGAAGCUCGCUGUUGCCGGUAUUAUCAAGCGCAGUCGUUCCAUAACGGUUCACGACAACGUGAUAGCCGACAGCAUGAGCCCGCCCGCACUAUUCUCGCCGAACCAAGGAUCGAUGAUGCCUUCGCCCGCCAUGUCCCGCCGCGUCUCUCUCGAAGGAGAGCCGGUGCCGUUUGUCGACGCCACUACCGAACUCGAGUUGGACAAGGUGACUGAGGAGGAGCUGGUGAACACGCUGCGCGAUACCGAAUCUCUUGAAGAACAGGGGGACAUCCUCCACUACCUGGCCAUGCGUAAGGGCCUCGCCUGGGACACCGGCCUCGGCAAGCCGCACUCGGUGAUCACUGUGCGGGACCUGUUCCAGGAUAUUUACGAGCGCGCCUGCGAGGAACACCAGUGGGGUCUCGUGCGACACUUCGCCAGUUAUCUCGGCAAGCGCGUCGAGGACCUAGCGAAGACCGUCACGGACCUGCUGGUGCGUCAGAAGCAGGUGACCGUGGGUAUGCCGCCCAACAACGAAGAGGUGAUCACUCGGCCCCUUUCCACCAACGAACUGCGGACAAUCAUCAUGCGGGUUCACAAGGACGACCAGAGCACAGCCAUGCUGACCCAGGAGAUUCUCGCGUACCUGGCCCUGUUCAUACGCAGCAACCCGGCCCCAUUCCGCGAGAUGCAACGCCUCCGCGUAGGACUCAUCAUCCAGGUGAUGGCAUGGGAGAUGGCUCGCACUUCCCAGCGGAAAACUACGGACGCGGCCGACGCGCUGCUGAACCUGAGCCCGUUCAGCAUGCAGUCGUUGCUGUUGAACAUCAUCAGCGGCACGGAGCCAGACAACGCGUCUCGCGUACUUUCGACGGUCCCUGGCUCCACCCCUGGCGGUUUCGCCUCCAAGCGCAGCGAGGCCGAGGCCUUCCUGCACUUGGAAAUCGAAGAGGCGGACUCGUCUGUCGGGGAGCAGGUGAAACAGGGCCUGUGGAUGCGUCGCCGUCGGCUGGACGGCACGCUGAACCGAGUACCCGUGGACUUCUACGCGCGCGUCUGGGGUAUCCUGGAGCGCUGCCCAGGUGUGUGGGUGCGCGGGUACUGCCUGCACGUGAGCCUCACAAAGGAGAUGACGGCGGGCGAGAUCAAGUUCGCGUUACGUGUCGAAGAGAUGCUGAACAAGGUUCCGGAACCCGAGUACCGGCAGCUGCUGGUCGAGGCGCUAAUGGUGAUCAGCCUGGCCGUGGAGCACGACGUGGUGAGCGAAUUCCAGGCGCCCAUCGACGUCGAGUCCGUGGUUCAGCGCGCCCACGGCUUCUUCCUCGAGGACCAGCUCUCCUGCAAGGGCGACGCGACGCUCUGCUGCGCAACCGACACCAACCGUUCCAUCGCGCCUUGCCAGCAGGCCGUCGGCAUCUGCCAGCACUUCUACGACUCGGCGCCCAGUGGGUGCUACGGCACCAUGACAUACCUGGUCCGAGCCGCCGCCUGCUCGGUGCCAGACCUCAGUGUCUCCAUGCUCGACUGCAUGCCCUCGUGACGCGAUUGCGGGCUUCUUACGAUCGUCGUCGUCGUCGUGUCCUUUUUUUUUUCUUUCUUUCUAGCAACCUCACAUUUGGCGUGAUUCGGUAAAUUACACGCGCGGCGUUCUAUCACUGGUUUACCAGCCAGCGUCCAUUAUUGGUUACAAAUUUUACUUAUCACGGUGUCCAGCUCCAUUACGGGCAGUUGCUGUAGACAUGCUCUGACAAGGUCAAGCACAGCAGGUUUACCUGCUUCAACCAAGGCUUAGCUGCCUCAGCUCUGGCUUGAUUCAAUAAAAUAAGCAAGCCACUCUCAGGCAAUACUUGCAUGAAUAUCACCCAGCAUCUGUUGUUAGUUACCAAUCUUGUUCUUCAUUUAUAUCACUGUAUUGGCAGCUGCAUUAAGGGCAGAUGCUUAAGAUGUGCUCCGACAAGCUUAAGCACCGCAGAUUUUGUUAGCUACCUGGAAAACUAAUUUUAGCGUAGUGUGCGCCGACGGACUCACCACUGGUGGCCGCCUUGCUAAGUGCAUUCGGGAAAGGAGGCAGCCGUCCACCAUAGUUUCCCGCAUCGUUGCGCACGCUUCCCUGUUUGAUUCACGUAGAAUAGCCGAAGAAUAGUAUCACGGGGCAAAAACUGCGACACGGUUUUAAUAAUUCCCCGCAAGGACGCAUGAAAUUCCUUGACCUGAUGCUUUCUUUCUCGUCUACGUUUCUUUUCUUUAUUAUUCUUUUUUUGCACUCGAUCAUGUUUGCAUGAGUAAGUGACGAAGUUAAUCAUGGCAUGUUUAAUUUGUUCGGUUUGUAUGCAGUGCAGCAUGCGGGUUAAAGGCAUUUCAGUUACGUUCUGAAUACAGCUUGCUGCUUCAUUACCGUGUUGCCCUAGCUAGGGUGCCCGACUGCACGAGUGCAUCGCGUUGUAUGAUAAAGCUGCUGAGGCCUUCAAGGCCGGAUUUUGUUGGUUUUAUGCAGCCUAUUAAAUCGUCGCACCAGCUGUCACGCAGUUCAUGUAUUCGAAUCUAUUUCAUUCGUGGCUUCACGCAUGCUGAACUAUCAGUAGUUGUUUCAUGCACAAAUACGAGGUUUUCGCCUAACCUUGUUUGUAAGGGGCUUAAAACAUGCUAUUUUAUCAGAAUUAUUAUAGGCAAGUGCUCCUUUAAGAGCUGUAUUCGUUUCACAGAGGACAUCGAUAUUAUGGCUGCUUGAGACGUAGCUCAUUGCAAGGAUUGCUCUCAGCUGCUGCAUAUGGUACUACUAUUCUUAAAUCAAACAGAAUUUUGUUCUAUGUUGAAUUAUUUCUUGUUAGGUUUUGCGGCGUAGGAGUCCAAUGCCUGCUCUGUAAAGGACUAAACCCACCCAACUGU